GAACUGAGCAAAUUAAAAACUAACAAGGCCACUGGCCUAGAUGGGAUUAGUGCUAAACUGCUUAAAGACUCCGUUUGCGUUGUUGCACCAACUCUCACAAAGAUCUUUAAUCUCUCGCUACGCUGUGCUUCAUUCCCCGAUAUCUGGAAGAAAGGUAAAGUUACCCCCAUUUACAAAACUGGCGAUCCAACGUCAUCGAACAACUAUAGACCAAUCACCAUUCUACCAACUUUGAGCAAAUUAUUAGAACGUAUAGUCCACUGUCAAAUUUACAAUUAUCUACAAUAGCAUUAGUUAUUGGCUUCUGAACAAUUCGGUUUUCGCUCCAAACUCUCCACCACUGUUGCCCUGGCUCACUUUACUGAACAAGUACUCGUUAACCUCGACAACAAAAAGAUUACGGGCGCCGUUUCCAUUGACCUACGAAAAGCAUUCGACACAGUAGAUCACACAAUCUUGCAGGAAAAAUUAAAAUCGAUUGGAUUCUCUACCUCUGUUCUUGUUUGGUUUACAUCAUAUCUAUCGAAUCGCACUCAAGUAACAACCAUCAACAAUUCAAUGUCUACGCCUAAACCAGUUACUGUUGGUGUUCCGCAAAGAAGUAUUCUCGGACCUCUUCUCUUCCUAAUUUAUAUUAAUGACCUACCUCAAUGCCUCAAACACUGCAAGUCGAUACUCUAUGCUGAUGAUACACUUCUUUACUAUUCUGCAGACAAUAUCUCAGAACUUCAGUCAAAACUCAACUCCGAACUUCAAUCCCUCUCCACUUAUCUGAACCACAACCACCUAACAAUCAAACAUGACAAAACGAAAUUUAUAAUCUUUGCUGGUAGACAACGUUUAAAAACAAUUUCUAACCUCAACAUUACUAUCUACGAUCGAAAGAUUAAUCAAGAGCACGCAUUGGAAUACCUGGGUAUCACGAUCAGUGAAAAUCUCUCCUGGAAUGAAUAUAUCGAGAACUUGAUGAGCAAGAUCAAUCAAAGACUUGGAAUAUUACGCUGA